UCAUGUGAUUGAAUUGUGGAAUCUAGAAACUGGGUUCUUUGUGAUCGUCCGUCUUCUCUCAUCAGUACACCAUCAAUUAAGGGAAACAACUUCAAUGCAUCCCGAGACAAAACAAGCGUGUUUAGUGACGGCUCCAUCUUCCAAGAAGGCUCGCCUAUGCAGUGAUCAGAACUUGGAAGACAGAUUCAGCAGCUUGCAUGAGAGUAUUGUUAGCAGAAUUUUGAGCCAUCUUCCAACUGUUGAAGCUGUUAGUACCUCUGUGUUGUCAAAGACAUGGAUGAACAUGUGGACAAGCAUCACAGAGUUACAGUUUGAUGAUAAAACGCAUAGGGAUCCCAAGGAUUCUCGAUUUACUGACUUUGUUGACCGUGUGCUUGGCAACAUUGGAAGUCCGCGUAUCAACAGCUUCUAUCUAUCUUCUGUUAACUCUUACGAUGAGGAUCUUCUCAUCUCAUGGCUUUCAGAGGUUCUAAAGCGCAAACUUCAGAGCCUUGUUGUCACUUGCCAAGAACUUGACAGCGUAAAUUUUUCACCACUCUUUCCUAGUUUUGCUUCUCUUGUGGAGUUAAGACUUCGUACAAAGAGCAUUCUUGACAUUUCGGCUCCAGCUCUGCUCCCGAAUCUUAAGUUUUUUAGUCUCGAGGAUGCUAGAAUCUUCAACAUGUCUUCCGUCUCAAGGAACCUCGUUCUGAACUUUCCUGUCUUGGAAACUUUUGAAGCCUCUUAUUGCCGCUGCUUUAGAACCAAUACUGUGAUCCUAGAUUCUCCAUUGCUCAGAGUCUUUGAGAUGUUCAAGUGUACCUCUGCACACGUACCAAAUGCUUCUCAAGUGUGUAAGAUCAGCGUGUUAUCUUCAAAGCUUGAGAAGAUCACAUUCUCCGGGGACGAUUCCCGAAAGUUUCUUCUGUCUUUUCCACCGUCUUUAUCUGAUGCUUAUCUUGCACUCAGCAGUCAGUGGUCCAAGAAGUUUCUGCGUAGCUUCACAUGCGUAAAGAGUUUGGGUCUCGAGAUUAGCAAGGAUUUUUAUGUGAACGAAGUACCCAAGUUCAGACAGUUGGUUUACCUGCAUUUGAUAUACGACAUGACACAAUAUUGUAAACUAACACAGUUCCUCGAAGCCGCACCAAUACUCGAAAUGCUCAGCAUCCGUGACCUGGCAUCUCCUCGUUCAACACCUACUACAAAGUUCUUGAAGGAACUACGUGCAGAGGAAUCCCCGGAUUGCGUUAGAACAAUGCUCAAAGUCCUGCAAAUCAGGUUUUUUAAGCCAAAUAGGCUGCAGAUAUCAGUAAUGAGGUGGGUGAUGGACAACGCUGAGAUUCUUGGAUCAGUCAUCCUAUCCUCGCCCAAUCCAAUCACAGAAGAAGCUAAAGCAAAUAUCUUGUCUUAUCCUAAAGCCUCACCUCAUGCCUCUGUCUUCUUCGAAUGACCCCCCAUAAUAACUUGACCCUUUUGCAAUUCCUAAUUCCUUGUGGGUUACGGCAAAUUUAUCAUAUUUCUUUAGAUUCUCGCUGAAAUUUUGAAAUUAGAUUCUAUGUGGUGGAUUCUCUCUGGCUCGAAGAAAAGAAUAUGCCUUUUGGACAAGUUUAAAGACAGAAACAAGUGUUGUUGAUGUGCCCUUAACCACAUGCAACUUCUUCUGACACUCUCAGUGGACCACUUCUUUGCAUUA